CCUAACCCUAACCUAAAAGAAUGUAUUUUGGCACCCUCGUUGGUCAGAAAAUGUGGAAAGAUGCCAAUAUUCAGGACGAUAGGUCAGACAACGAGAAAUAUUAGUUUUAAAAAUCAAAAGGACGAGAAAUCUUUUGAAAUUGGCUACGACUUAAUACCACUUUUCUCCUGCUCCUUCUACACUUUACUCCACUCUCUACUACACUCCUUUGAUCCUCCUCCUACUCCUCCUCUGCCUUCCUCCUACUAUCUCUCAUCUUCUCCUGUUCUUUUUUCCCUUUGCUCAUACUCCCUGCUCUUCUCUUUCCCUCAUACCCCUCCUCUCCAUUCCGUUUACUUAUCUCAUUAA